AUGGAUUUGAAAACUCAUGAAAUUCAUUCAGGUCAUUUUAUGGUUAGCAUCCUUGAAGAUUCUGAGGAUGAGACAGAACAUUCGAAUAAUGUAUUCACUGAAAACGUCACUACAUACAGUUCCAAAGAUAACAGUAAUCAGUCAACUGUUAAGGAUAAAAACAGGCUGAUUUUUGAGAACCUAGCUUCUCUUUUCAAGUAUUUGGAGAUCGCUUAUAGUGGAAAGCUGACGAGCCCGAAAUGGGACAAAUUUCGUGGACUAAGAUUUGCAAUAAAAAAUAAAAUCCGACUCAACAACAUAGUUUGGAGAGAAUACCACAUGCAAUAUGUCAAAAAAUUAAAGCCAGUUGUUGUUCAAUUCCAGACACCUGUAUAUGAAGAUCAUUCUAAAACUGAAGCAGUUAUAUUAGAAGGAAAAUAUUGGAAAAGGCGCGUAAGUACCUUGUGUAAAGAGUAUCGCCUUUGGAGAGCAUUUGCCAAGAACAGGAUAUACAGUUCUCAAAACAGACAAAUUAUACAAUGUGCCAAUGAACUACUCGAAGGGUCGGAUCUAUGUCCUUAUCAAUUUAGUGACCUAUCAAAGAAUACGUCUUCAAAGCUUAUGGAGGAAAUAAUGAUGGACAUAGAUGAGAAUCUAGAUUUGUUUUUUGAUCAACCGAUAACAUUUCCAAAUCGACGAGAUUUACCUAUCUUGGGAAACGCCGAUAUAAUGCAACCAGGUUUGCAACAACUUCAACCUGAUAGAAGUUCAUGCGACGACAUAUCGUGUAAUAUUUUUCAGUCUAUUGACCCCAAUUCGAUAUUUCAAUGUAGUUCUUCUGAUGCACAUUCGUGUGAAUAUGCAUGGUCCAGCUCGUACUACCCAUUUAACAAAUAUAUGUGUGAAGCAACAUUCUCAAACACAACUACGCCUCUUCCAGAGGCCAAACAAAGUUGUAACCUACCUCUUGUUGAACGUCUUAGCGUAGUCGAUUCGUCUUCCCAAAUCUGCUCAUCAUUUUUGUCAGGUAAUCGUGAAUCUGGUCUUUUGGAUUUGGCUACCACCAGUAGUGAAGGGUGUGGACCUUAUUUAAAUAACAGUGUUAGUGAAACAGAUUACCAUGGUCCCCAUCCUUAUCGACCAUCGUUUCCUGUGUCUCAGAAGCGCUACUUCCAACAUCAAUCCAGAGUUGCUGGUCAGCACCAAAACAGCAACCAUUCUGUUAGCAUGGAAUCAAAUUAUGGAUUAACUACAGGUUCAAUACACACAAAAGGUCACAUAGCUGAACCCAUAAAAUCGUUUGGUUAUCGUGUAGAAUCGAAUAAAGAAAAAGGCAAUCAUACAAACAAAUCUGCUCUUUUAAAUGCCUUACUGCGUGGUAGUAGCAUUGGUCAAAAUUUGAACUCGCCCAGUGAUUGCAUGGACACUAGUGCAUUUCAGCAAACUUCUAAGUGUUCGUCUCCCUUACUUUGUAAUGCUCUAAGCAAUUCAGGAAACUGCUUUGAUAGUUCAUCCAACAAACAUCUAAUCCACCUCAACGAUUCAUCAAAUAAGUCAGUUCAGGUCGAAAAAGGCCCCAAUCUUCUUACAAAUACAAAAGGGUUACCAGAUUCUUACGCUCAUCCUAGUUAUUCAUACAAUGAUCAUUCAUCCAUUAAUUCAAUAAAUACAGUACAGAAUGUUGACAUCCCCAGGAUUAAUUCAUUGAAUGUUGCGGAUAAUAUAUCAGCUCCAGUGGCUAACUAUGGGGUGUCUGGUGACUGUUCCGUAACUCAGAUCCAUGAGCCUGAUCUGUCUGUUUUGACACCAACUGUAUCUCGAGCAGAUGGUUCAUCUUUUCUAAUCUCUCAUAAUCUUUUGGUAAAAAAUUGCAGGACGGAAUCUAUUGGCUUCGGUGUUACUGACCUUUUAAUGCGAGGUUCCAAUAAUUACUUUAAUAAAACUGAAUUGAUUUCUCAACAAAGCUCAGUUGAUUCACAUAACUCUCUUGGUCUACCGCUAGAACGAAAAAAUUCAAACGUACAAACUUUGGAUCCAAACGGUUCUGCCGUACAAAGUACACAGGGAAACCCAAAUUAUUUGGUCGAUGUCAGCGCUGUUCCUUCUCAGAAUUCACAAGACUCCAUCCUUAUUUUUAAAGGAAAUAACGGGCUUUCUACAUCAAUCCAUGGAAGUCUUUCUGUUUCAUCGAAUACAGGUUUUAAUUUCUCUAGUCGUAAUUCUGGUCCGUGCACAAUCCCUAGUAGUUCACUUUCAGAAUCGAAUAUGUUUGCUCUACCAAGUAAUGAACUUAGAAAUGCAUACACAGAAGAUUCUAAUUCUGAGCUGGAAACUUUGGUACCUGGAAGUUGGACUGAAUCACAGAUUUUUCCACAUGCAAUCAAUAUUUCACUAAAUGAUAUGGAACAACUUCCUAAAGCAUCAGUCACAAGUGAUAAAUGUUUAAACGUAUCUAAGAUUAUCGAAAGUAAUCCAUCAAUGCUUGGACGUUCCAGUUCAGCUGGGAAUUUAUUCUCACUUCAACAUAAUCAAAUUCCUAGUUGUUCGAUACAGGGUUCAGCAACUACUACAUCGAGUUUUGGAAGUACAGAAAUUUUAUCUCCAAUGUUUUCUAACCAUAAAGGAUUUCUGUAUGCUACUUCACCAUCGUGUUCUCCACCUUCGGUUUCAGAACAAAAUGAUCAACAAGCUAAACAUAUUCUAGGUAAUUCCUCUGAAGAACGACGACGUCAAUCUAUGCAAUCUGGUUUACAAACUCUACGACAACUGUUAAAAUUACACUCCAAUUUAGAUAAUCUUGGUGGUAGUAACCGUCUGACAGCUCGCAGACAUCUUAGCAAUCUAGAAAUGCCUUCCAUAUCUGGGACUUAUUCAUUUGGGGAUACAGAUAUGCCUAGUGAAAUGCUUAGCGUUGGAUUACGUCCAUCAAAUGGGUUAGAUUUUACAUCUGAUGAACAAAUGAUGUCUUCAGGAACCGAAGUUGGUGGUACUGCUCGAGCAUCUAAAGCUGCAACAUUAAGAAGUGCUGCAGAACUAAUACGAAAAUUAAGAGAUGAACGAAAUGUAUUAGAAACACAAUGUACAAAUCUUAAGGGCGAAGUAAAAGCUUUGAAAAGUGCAAUUAACCUUUUUUGUGAAAAAUUGCCCCCCUCCAAUUCAUCAUCUACAAGGCCAAUAUCAGAUCAAAAUUUAAAUUCUUACUAUUCUGAAUGGUUUCGUGCAUAUGUGCUCCAACAAACUGAAGUUAAUUGGAAAUUUUAUAUAUUUAGUUUAAUAAUUGGUAGGAUUUUCAAGUCUUAUUGCAAUACAACAAUUUCAAGUUCACGUGAUCAAUUUAUCCGAUCCGUAUAUGGUUGGUUGGAUGCUAAUUGUUCCCUGGUACAACUAAGACCUGGUAUGUUCGACUACAUAGUACUUGUUAAAUCUUUUGUUUUUCAACUUUUCCGCUAAGUUUUUGUUUCUCUAUGACUUUUUUCCUUGGAAAAAUAUUAAAACUUUUGAAUGUUAAUUUCUAUUCCGACUACAUCUUUGCUGUUUAACGGUUAAAGAGUAUUUAAUUUUAAGAUGCUUAACAACUAUUGAAACAAUAGUUGUUAAAAGAGGAGUGAAAAUUUAAGUGUAGUUAAUCUUUACGUCCAUCAUUGCAUAGACUGUUACGUAUAACUUUUAAUGUUUAAUUUAAACGUUUUCUCCUAUAACACCACACUAACUGACAUGAGUAUUUGAAUCACUGAAGCGUUAUCAGAGAACAUCUUGAUGCUGCUGGUAAAUAAGUACUAGCAGUCACCAUAUCGAAAUUCAAAUAAUCUUGACAAUCCUCUUUUUCCAAUCAUAUCCAACAUGAAAUAUGUAUUUGUUUAGCCAAUUUUUCAUUUCCUUAAUAAUUAUAUAUUUUUUAUUACUGCAAUAUACAAGAUACCUCUAUAAAGUCAAUUAAAUGUGUAUCGAAUUUUUACCGUAAUUUAUUAUUAUUAUUCUUUUGUGAUAGGAAAUAAACUUAUUUAAGGGAAAAGUGUAUGAAGGAAUAGUUGAAUUAGUUUUAAGCACAUUAGAAUAAAUUGAUGAAUAUAAUAAUUCUUAGUAGUAGUGAAGAACUAAAAGGAAUAAACCGAACGAAGGUAUGUAAAAAUGUCAAUACGUAUCCCGAAAUGCCCUGGUACGGCCGAGGAUGGGGAGAGUCCGUUCUCCCUCUCGAAAUGCUCUCACAUGGCCAUGCGUAUACAGCCACUGCCAGGGAAGUUGUACUCACUGCCUUCUCGUGGCGGGGGUGUUGUUUAUGAAUUCUAGAGGAUGAAAAGCGAAUGUCCGGCUCUUUAACCGGGUUGAUGGGUACAGAGAGUUCACCUAGGAGUGUUGGAAAACUCUGAUAUCAGACCUAUGGUGUACAUAUGUUACGGGAUCGCUAGGGAAUAAACGGUUUAUAAACCUAUAGUUGGUCACCGACUACCAUGAGGCUGCAUCUCAUAACGUCGCUCCACUACUUUUUGGACUAGACCUCUAAGUUAGAGGAUCAGGGAGUGGCUCCCUAAGAAAACCAUCUGUUUCGGUUUGGGUACCCGAGCAGUAUUCUAACCCUCACACAAAUCAAAUGAUGAACUGUGGCGUAUAUAUAUUUAAUAACUCCUUGUACUAAUGUUUAUAUGUUUCAAUAAAUAAAUAAAUAAAUAAAAUACAAAACGUGGUAAAAUUAACUUUGAAUUGAGCACUUCUAUAAAAGUCGUUUGAUAAAAUAACACUCACUGGUUAAUGACCAGUUUCAGAUUGGUCUCCAAAAAUUUCAGUGAAAAGUUAUGUGAUCUCCAUGGAAAAACAAUCAAGUCAAGAGUAAAGUACUUACCUAUCUACCAGUGACACGGAAUCAUGACCACACUAUCCAAUAAGUUGACUGAAAAUAAAUAUCGCUUAUUUCCUAUCUUAUGUCAGAAUAGUAUCAUGCCUACCAUGAAGAUUGGUGAUUUUAAGUUCAACAUGUUCAUGCUCUACUGAAGAAGUAUAAAUAGGGAUGAAAUAGUAAUCUAAUAUCAUUAUUAAUAAGGAUUCAAAUUAUUCUGUUGUUGAUAUCCGAGACAAAACUUUCAUCAGUGUUUGUUGGCAUAUUUGCUUCCUGCAUAGAUAUCUCGAUAUAGCUGUGGUGUAUUCUGAUUAUGCUGACAGAUAUAAGUAAUAUGUAACACCACUCGGAAGUCGAACUUCUGGAAGCAGAGGAUUGAAAUGAAGAGAACAGAAAGGAAAUCGUUUCUUUGGUAUCUUGAUGUCGUGUCCCUCUUUCCAGUCUUUCGGUGGCACUUGUUCCUCCUCCUAAAUCUUCUUAAACAGAUCGUGGAGCAUGCUUGCAUCUGCUUCUAUGUCUGACUACAGUGCUUCAGUUGGUAUAUUGUCAAAUCCUACUGUCUUCCCACUCUUGAUUUGUCUGAUGGCUAUCCUGAUUACUUCGAUCGUCGUUGGACUGAAAGCUAUAGGUAUGUCUGUGUGUGCUGUUUCUAUGUCCCUUGGGCUUAAUGGGGCUGUUUUAUUUAAGGGUUCCUCAAAGUGUUCUACCCAUCUGUUCCUCUCCUUGAAUCUCAGUGAUUGACUUUCAUUCUUUGUUUUUGACUGAUUACUGUAGCUUACUGUUUUUCCCUACUAGGUUCUUCGUUGUGUCACAAAGUUGUCUCAUAUUUCCUUCUCUUUCAGCUUUUUCCACUGUCGUUGCUAGGUCUUCCACGUAUCUCUAUUUGUUGACUCUAAUUUUGCUUUUCACUCGUUUGUUCGCUUCAGUGUAUUCAGUUUGUGACUUGACUUUCUCUGUUCUUGUUCGACUGUUUUUAAUCGCUAGUAUCUUGUUCUUCUUUUCUUGGGUCUUGUUCAGGAUUUCGACAGAGAUCCAUUCCUUAUUGUGAUGCUUGUUGAGACCUAGAACCUCUUGACACUUUGAAGUUAGUGUUUCUUUGAUCCCUUUCCACUUGUUCUCCAUGGUAGUUUCCGCUUUUUUGAAUAGAUCUCGAAAUGCUUGGAACCUGUUGUUUAGAACUAUGUUGAAUUGGUCGAACUUGUGAGUAUCUCGAAGGGAGAUUGUAUUGAACCUUCGUAAUGCUGUUUAUUCAGUUGUCUAAUGCUUCUUUAGCUUCAGUUCAAUCUUGGCAACCACGAGGUGGUGAUCCGAAGCUGUAUCAGCUCCUCUCCUUGUUCUCACGACUUCCGUUGACCUUAUGAAUUAUUUGGUGAUGUAAAUACGAUCUAUCUGGUUCUCAGUGUUGUGGUCAGGUGAGAUCUAUCUAGCUUUGUGUAUGAUUUUGUGGGGUAAUAUUGUGCAACCUAUAACCAAUUUGUUGAAUGCACAUAAAUCUGCAAAUCUGUCACCAUUCUCGUUAUUUUCUCCUAGUCAGUCCAUGUCGUCCCAUUACAUCUUCAUACUCGGUGUUGUCCAUUCCACUUCAACGUUUGGAUCUCCCAUCAGUAUAGUUAGAUCCUUUCCUGAGCACUUCGCUAUGAUCAAUUGCUGCCUCUCGUAAAACUGGUCUUUGUCAUCGUCAUUGCUAUCAUUGGUUGGUGCACAACAUUGGAUAACAUUCAUUUUGAUUCCCUCCUUUGUUUUGAAAGAUGCUUUGAUGAUCCUGAGUCCAUGGGAUUCUCAUUUUGUAAGUACUCGUUGGAGUCCAUUGAACAGCACCAGAGCAACUUCCUGAGUGCUUGAAACAUUUUCUUCUUCGUGACUAGAGUACACCAGCAUCUUUCCCGAAUCCACCCUUUUCUGCCAGCUUGGGUUCAAUGGGUUUCACCGAUUCCGAGGACUGUCACUUGUAUUUCCUCAUUUCCGUUGCUAUUUGACUAGCCCACCCGGUCUUGCGCAUUGUCUGAACCUUCCAUGUACUUAUUUUAAUUGUUGCUCCGGUUGUUAGACGGGGCAUCGGCCUCGAGACUUUCAAAGAAUCUCGGCUUUCACCAUGAGGCAUUAAACUUCUUCUGAAUGAAAAUCCUUCGACUCGGAGGGCAGAGUUAAAAUAGUCUGAUUUAUUUAUUCUGGUUAGUGUUCUUUUAGCAAGUUUUUUUUCUACGAGAUGGUGUUGCUGACCCAAUGCUUAGCUCUCCUCAGUUAUUCAGGCUUGGGACCGGGAGUAGCCCCAAGCCACCUAAUAAUUUUAAUAUUCAAUUGUUUCUUAGUUGAUAUUACUUACUUACUUACGCCUGUUACUCCUCGUGAAGGAUCAUUGGCCGCUCACCAGCAUUCUCCAUCCAACCUUGUCCUGAACAAUCCUUUCCAGCUCCUUCCAGUUGUUAUUCAUCUUUUUCAUGUCUGCUAUUUCCCGAAAUAAUGUGUUCUCUGUCCUUCCCCAUUUCCGCUUCCCUUCAGGAUUCCAAGUUAGGGCUUGCCUAGCGAUGUAGUUUGAUGAUUUGCGUAAUGUAUGUCCUAUCCAUUUCCAUCGUCUUUUCCUAACUUCCUCUUCAGCUGGAAGCUGGUUUGUUCUCUCCCACAAAAGGCUGGUUCUGAUGGUAUCCGGCCAAUGGAUGUUGAGUAUCUUGCGUAGACAGCUAUUUAUAAAUACUUGUACUUUCCUGAUUGUGGUUGGUGUAGUUCUCCAAGUUUCAGCUCCAUACAGUAGAACUGUCUUGACGUUCGUAUUGAAGAUUCUCACUUUGAUAUUGGUUGAAAGUUGUUUUGAAUUCCUUAUGUUCUUCAAUUGUAGGAAUGCGACCCUUGCUUUGCCAAUCCUCGCCUUUACUUCCGCAUCUGAACCUCUUUGUUCACCGAUGAUGCUUCACAGGUAUGUGAAGGAUUCUACAUUUUCCAGAGUUUCGCCAUCAAGAGUGAUUGGAUUGCUGUCCUCCGUGUUGUAUUUGAGGACCUUGGUUUUCCCCUUGUGUAUGUUGAGGCCUACUGAUGCAGAGACUGCUGCUACACUGGCUGUCUUUAUCUGCAUUUGUUCGUGUGUAUGCGAUAGGAGGGCUAGGUCAUCUGCGAAAUCCAAACCGUCUAAUUGAUUCUGAGCUGUCCAUUGUAUUCCGUGUUUUCCUUCAGAUGUCGAGGUCUUCAUAAUCCAGUCGACCACCAGAAGAAAGAGGAAGGGAGAGAGUAGACAGUCUUGUCUGACUCCGGUCCUUUCUUGGAGUGCAUCUGUCAGCUGUCCUCCAUGCAUGACCUUGCACUGUAGUCCGUCGUAUGAGUUCCGGAUAAUGUUGACAAUCUUCUCAGGAACUCCGUAGUGUCC